AUGCUAUCCCAGGAGGACAAGAUCUUCCAAGAACCCAGACCCACAGACCCAACCCCAACAUCGAGUUCAAAGGUGCAGGAUUGGUUUAACUCGAUGCAAGGGGAAAGUGGAGACGAAUGCCCCGUGGAUCUCUUUGUCGGAGUUUCUGACCCUCCAGAUGAGGAACCAGGGGGAGCCAGCACUCACGGAAACCUUCCGCGAUAUUGUGACUUCAUCGUAGGAAAUCCAGCGUACACCUGGCUACUAUCCAGGCUCGAACGUGAACUGCUCUUAGCUCCAGCAGAGCCAAACCAUAUGCGGGCCAUCUCAGAUACUAUACUGAAUGGGCUUUCACAUAGAGCGUUCCGAAAUCUCAGUCAUGAAAGGGGCCCCCAUCUAUGUGACAUGACAUUCAUGGUGGACUGGGACCCAUUGGCUUUUUUGCAAGAACAAGAGUACGAUGAAAAGCCAGAGGAGGCAUUUGAGCGAGCCAUUACUCUUACAGGGACCGGAAGUAACGCGCAAGCGUUGACCACGGCACAAUAUUUGAGCCAAACUUGGCCGUUGUGGCUCUACCAUACAAUCGAGAGGCUGAGGCUAAUCACUAACGGUAUAGGACGCAUGAGAGGCAACACCACUCUUUCCGCCCAUUUAAAUGACAGCAAACUUUGUCUUCUAGUUAUUGGAACACUUGACUCUGUAGCAGAGAUAGGGGGGGUUGUCGCCUGGCUUGGUGCUGCCUUACGAAGUUCACCCGAAGAGCGAGGAGUCGUCUACUGGUCACCUUUUGUUAGCGACCUGUAUAUUCAGGCUUUUAAAACAGAUAGAACCACGGUUACUUCCAACAUAAACCUCAGAAUUGGUGUGGAAGAGAUGGAUGAAGAUGCCGCACCCCCUUGGAGAACGAAUGGCAGGUGUUGGCAUGAUGUAUUUCGAAAUCCAGUCGUGGUCAAGGGGUACCCUACACGAAUCAAACCACGGAAAGACAUGGGUAUUGAAAUGCCGAUGGAAAUUAUGGCUGGAUUGGUUGGAUCCAAUCUAAUAUCUAGCUUUGCUGGAAAUCUGUUCAUCAAAAGCUAUAGCAUGAUGUUGAUAUUGACUAAGCAGGUAGGAGACGUUUUGAUAUGGCAUUUUCUUUUCAACGAGAAUGGUGAACACAUAUCGUACGCAGAUCCUCGAGUCUGUGCUUCUAACAUGCAGAACAUCAGUAUGUCCACUUUAGAAUCUACACGGCAUGUGCUUGGAUGGUGCUCAAAAGUCGAAAAUCUAGCCGGGGGACCGAAAGCGAACUACAAGAUCAGGUGGUCUAGACUCCAGAACUUGUAUUCAAAGGGCACCCUCGAGAAACUCUCUAUCUCUAGUGGGAAAUUCAUCACUGCUGGUGUCUCGUUUGCUCUUGGCAAGAAAGACAAACCGGUGUACAUGAAAUCAAGAGAUGAUUACGUCAGUCAACUGAAGUGGGUCGCAAAGGAGUUUGUGGUACUCUACAAUGUAGAAGAUAGACGAGCCUGGCUUGUGGACGGAAUCUGUACCCUGCUUCACCUAACUAGGGCUUCUCUACAAAAUGAUCUCAGCGAUGGCUUCACUGACUUCUCCUACUUCAAACUUGGACAGUUGAAGGAAGCAGAUCAAACCCAUAUAGGGAAAGCCGCAGCGAUUGCGGUGCUUUCUAGCGUUGCAAACCAAAACCUGAAGCUUCAUCGAAAGCCGGACGAGAGCUACGAUGAAGAAACGACCAAGGAAGAUAGCAGUCUGGAGGAACUCACGAAAACAAAGAAGGCUUAUUUUUAUUUUAAAGAUCGGGUCCAGCAAAUCUACCACGUACUGGAGCAGAUCAUCACCUACCAAUGCCAGAUGGACUCAGAAGACGGAAUCAGCUUCGAAAUGAAACCCAAGACUCGAAAAAAUCUUGAAGGAUUCGAUUUCAUGGAUGUUGCUACAGGUAACGAUCCGCUCUGGCGUCGUGUUACUACUCUUAAAGCUCGUGGAAGAGGUUGGGUCGAUUUCACCCGAGCUAUUCAUGCGCCAACGCUAUUUGGGCGUGGAUUUGGUGAGAUCUUGGGACCACUGGAUGAUAGGUCUUGCGCAUUGUGGGCGGCGAUGCCUAAGAAACGUGACUAUCUUGCGGUUUGCUGUUCGGACUUGAAUGAGAUUCUUGAGAGGCACGGGGACACGGAAACCAAUCCUUGGCGGGUUCUAAACGAUAUCUACUGGCAUUGCCCUGAUAAGGCGGUUGAACCCUGUCGAUGUGUCGAUGGCUCUCGAUCAACUUGUGACAGAGUUCAAGUACUUCUCCCCAAAAGCUUUAGAACUCUGUGGACACGUGGAUUCUGGAGUCCUAGUUGGGCCGGUUCUGGCGCAGUUAUCUUUGGGCAUAGUCGGAAAUUCCCUCUUAAAUGGCUAGCUCGAGGUCAUCCAGAGGAAGGAGAACCCGAGGAUACUGACGACGAACCUCUACCACCUUCGCAAGAUAGUGGGCUUGGUUCUAGCCUAGGUUCGACGCCGCAAACUGAAAGCAACGGUAAUCCGCCAUCAACACCAUCAAGCAAUAAUUCAUCAUCUGGUAGGACUGUACCGUCAAGCGCCAAUCUACUGUCUAUUGAGAGUGUACUUGCAAGCAGCAAUGCGCCGUCUACUGGUAGUACAACUCCAAGCAGCAAUCGAAUGUCAAAUUCCCCUGCCUCGAAUGGAGACUCGCAUGGAGAUUCAGAUACCUUUGUUGCGUUGCCGUGUCGAAAGAGAAAGAUGCUAGACGUCGUAGACCGCGUCUGGAAGAAGCGUAAAUAUACUAGGCUUGCUGGGGCUUUACCUCACCAGAAGGGUAGAAAGCAGUAUGGAGAUACAAUGGCACAAAGCAGAGGCGGUUUAAUCAUUUGGUCGCGUUUCUGGACUUCCAUAACUAUGGCUUCGAUUUAG